AUGCCUCCGCCAGUGGGGGGCCCCGUGGGGUACACCCCUCCUGAGGGGGGCUGGGGCUGGGCCGUGGUCCUGGGGGCCUUCAUCUCCAUCGGCUUCUCCUACGCCUUCCCCAAAUCCAUAACGGUGUUCUUCAAAGACAUUGAGGUGAUAUUUGACGCCACGCCUAGCCAAGUGUCCUGGAUCUCCUCCAUCAUGUUGGCCGUCAUGUACGCGGGAGGUCCAAUCAGCAGCAUCCUGGUGAAUAGAUUUGGCAGCAGACCAAUCAUCCUGCUUGGCGGUUGUCUGGCGGGGUCAGGACUGGUCGCCGCCUCCUUCUGCAACACGGUGCCACAGCUCUACUUCUUCAUCGGAGUGGUCGGAGGAAUGGGCUUGGCAUUUAACCUGAACCCCGCUCUCACCAUGAUCGGCAAGUACUUCUACAAGCGGCGACCCAUCGCCAACGGCAUAGCCAUGGCCGGGAGCCCUGUCUUCCUGUCCACACUGGCGCCGCUCAACUCGUGGCUGUACGACCAGUUUGGCUGGAGGGGCAGCUUCCUCAUUCUGGGGGGACUUCUGCUCAACUGCUGCGUGGCCGGCUCGCUCAUGCGUCCCAUCGGACCCAAGCCGCAGCCACCGUCGGUGUCACCUGAGUCGGGCGAUGUGGCGCAGCCCAAGAAGACUGUGCUGCAGAAGGUCAACUCCUUCAUUGACCUGACGCUGUUCAAGCACCGUGGCUUUUUGCUCUACCUCAUGGGCAACGUCAUCAUGUUCUUAGGCCUCUUCGCGCCACUUGUCUUCCUCUCCAAUUUUGCCAAGAGCAAAGACAUCAGCAAGGAGAAGGCGGCCUUCCUGCUCUCCGUGCUGGCCUUCGUCGAUAUGUUCGCACGGCCCUCAAUGGGCCUGCUGGCCAACACCAAGUGGGUCCGACCCAGAGUGCAGUAUUUCUUCGCUGCCGCAGUCCUCUACAAUGGCGUCUGUCACGUCCUGGCCCCGCUCUCCCACGACUACACGGGUUUCGUCAUAUACGCCAUCUUCUUUGGCUUUGCCUUCGGAUGGCUCAGCUCGGUGCUCUUCGAGACUCUCAUGGACUUGGUGGGGGCGCAGAGGUUCUCCUCCGCAGUGGGCUUGGUCACCAUUGUGGAGUGCGCCCCUGUACUGCUCGGCCCGCCACUAACAGGAAGCUUCUACAAUUACUACCAGCACUACGACUACACUUACAUCUCAUCAGGAAUCAUCCUCAUCGUGGCCAGCCUCUUCCUUUUCGUAGGUAUGGGGAUCAACUACAAACUCCUGGCGCGAGAGAAGAAGGACGAGGAGAAACAAGUGCAGUGCGAAGCUAAGGAGGAGUGCACUGCCAUGCUGACUCCCGCCUCGCCCUCCAAGGAGGGCAACGCUGUGCCCGAAGCCACACCCGAGGCAGCACCUGACGCCGUGCCUGAGGCUGCCAGACCGGACGAGGAUCCUAAGAUGGACGAGAACAGGGUGUAG